CUGUUCUUAGAUGUGUGGUUGACGCAGGCGUGGCGUAAAGCUUGUGUGAGGGAGUAGUCGGUCGUCACAAGUGUAAGAGUAAGAAAGCAUUUAGUGAACAGAGAAAAAAACAGGAUCCAUAAAGAUGGUGACUGGACAGAAGGUCGCGCUGAUGGUGUUGUGGGCGGGUGUGUGUGGCUGCGGGAUGGUGGGCGCUGCGAAGUACGCCUGGGGAGACGCCCUGGUCGACCCCGAGGCUUCCGGACCCGAUGGCUUGAAGUACCCGACAGAGCUGAUCAACCGUCUAUACACCGAAGGAGAAUUCGGACCCCCUACAGGAAUGCGCCGUGGGAGGACUCUCAUGCACACGUUAGACCCUGAGAUCGUGAGAAAGAACUUGAUGCAGGGUUUCUACGACGCCAACGCACACGCCGACCACGCCACGCUUAAGCCCCAGGGGCGCAGCAUGCCGGACAGAGGCUCCUCGCCUUCGUCCCCAGCGCGCGCCGUGGGUUCCUCCGUACAAGAGAACCUCGUCAGAAUGUCUACAUCCGUUAAAAGCUCGACCUCCUCCAGCACCGUGUCCUCUACGAUCUCUUCCUCUUCGACUGCGUGCCCUAAGGGACCGCCGGCGAGGAUGUGCCAGACGAGGUACAACACGACGGCCCCCAUGUACGGCGUCAGUCUCACGUCGGGGCAGCCCGUGACCAUCGUGCAGAAGUUCCCCGAUCUCCUGCAGCAAGUGAUCUUCGAAGUGUGCGAGAGUGACACUUGCGACAUAGUGCAGGGUAGUUGCGUGCAGACCUAUGUCCCUUACCUGUUCCUUGUGAUUCCUCUGGGCCCCGUCACGCUCACCGGCCAGGACUACGUGUUGGUAGAGUCCGGAUGCGUGUGUCAGCCCAAGUACAGCCAGGCUUCUUCCUUACCGUCGCCCAUCGAAGCCAUAUCCGGCGGACCAUGAAGCACGCAAACGGACGAACGGAUGUCGGGCGAAAGAGGACGUUUAGGUUAGCGGCCUAGCGACCUUAGGGGGGAGCGGAAAUGACGGCGCGCGCUCGGGGUUUCUAGAGUUAGUGAUAACUGUGAAGACUUGAUGAUAAAUAAGUACGCUUGACUGUGUAAGUGUGUGUCUAGUACAAGUUACCGCACAGUAAUUCAGCGAGGAAAGUUUAUGUGAGAGGUUAUGGUGCCUCGUGCGUGGCCUUACAUGUUGCUCAUCGCUCAAAUUCACCCAUUGUUAGAGAAGACAUCUUACCUUUCCCCCAAAGCCACCAUUUGUCAUUUCAUCUACUUAAGUGGAUUCAUAUAAUUAUACGGAGAGGUGUAGAGGAUAUCCUGCCAUACACUUGACAAAUGCUUCAGACACUCAUGCACAUGACAAACAUCGACGUUAUUCUGAAUAUACAUAGUGCAGUGUUCGACUGGCAGAGGCUGGCUUAGAACACAACAUUUUUAAUACCUGCUCUUCUUAUUCCGUGCUAUAAAGUCUAUAUAUUUUUAUAUUGGAUCCAGAAAAUAACAACAGUUAAACUAGGCAAAUAAGUGUGUUAUUUGUUCUAUGUAUACUUCCCCACGCCAGGCACAAGCCAUCUUUAUUCGGAGAGAACGAAAUCGGAGAAUACUUCACCGUUUUUUUCUCCAUAUUUUCCCUCUUUUCUUUUCUCAUUCAUUUUUUCGUAUUUUUUUCUGUUCUCUUCUUCCUUUUUUAUGCCCUGUAUAUGUUUCCCACUUUUUCCUCUCCUGCUUCCCUAUUCUCUCGAUUCUUCUUGUCUAGGGGAGUCUGACCUCGCUUGGUUUCCCUCUGUCUACAAUAGAAAACGCGAAGUUUGAUACGGAGGAAUCAAGGAAUAAACAAGGGAAGAUGACGUGGGGGAAGAGGAGGACGAAAGGGCGGAGGGAGGGAGAGGUAGAAGAAACAAAAAAACAAAGAAACAUUGAGUUCGUUAGUGAGGGUACGAGGAAGGAGA